AUGUGCAGUAAAACUCCGAAAAAGGAGGCCCGGAUCGAUGUCCCAGGAAUUAACCCCCUGGACUUCGUGAGAAUUGCCAAUGCAGUAAAUGCAAAGUUUAUCAAGGUGUCCCAGUCACUGGAGCCUCUGGACCUCUCAGCUUUACCCUCCUUCCUACCAUCCCCCCCACUACCCACUAUACCAGUGUGGGAAGUGUAUAAUAGAUUGUCUUCCAUUGACUGUCAUAAGUCCCCUGGCCCAGACAUGAUCCCCCCCAAAAUAUUGAAGGAGUUUGCAUGUGAGAUCAGUAUUCCUCUUUGUGACAUCAUCAACUGUUCAUUUGAUGAAGGAGUUGUACCUAGACAAUGGAAAGAGGCUACUGUUGUCCCUAUACCAAAGUCAUCCCCAUGCAACAAAGAUGAAUUGAGACCGAUCUCAUUAACAGCGCAACUCUCUAAAAUAUGUGAACACUUUGCUGGGAACUGGAUUCUGAAUGACAUCAUGCCAAACUUAGACCCCAUGCAGUUUGGCAGCCGACAGAACCGUUCCACAACACACAAUCUGGUCAGUCUUAUGGAUUUUAUGUACAGGACCAGUGAUGUUUCAGACUCAGUAUGUACAGUAAUUACAACAGACUUUGCCAAGGCCUUUGAUGCUGUCGACCACACUGUGGCAGUACAGUGUCUCCUGGAUCUAGGAGUGAGACCAAGUUUGAUUCCAUGGAUCUGCAGCUUCAUGACGGAUCGGCAGCAAAAAGUGCGCUACCAGGGACAUCUGUCCGAUUGGGAAUAUCCCACAUGUGGAGUCGCUCAGGGGACUGUAUUGGGACCUAUAGUCUUCCUAGCACUGAUUAACAGCGCCCUCCAGGAUGGACCACAUCACUGGAAAUAUGUGGAUGAUAUGACUAUAGCCCAGUCGUGGAGCCCCAAGGUCCCCUGUACUCUCCAACAGACCCUGAAUGGCCUUGACACCUGGGUAAAUGAGCACAAAAUGAAGCUCAAUCCAAGUAAAUGCAAAGUUGUACAUGUCACUGGCAUGAGACAAAAAACUGCCCUACCAACACUGUCCGUAAACCAAAACAUACUGGAAGUUUGUGACACAGUCAAAGUUCUGGGGGUCACCAUUCAAGCUGACUUGAAAUGGAACAGUCAGGUGGACUAUAUGUUGACCUCAGCCAACAGAAAGCUGUUUGUCCUUUGCCGUCUGAAGAAAUUCGGAGUCAAAGACCCAGAAUUGAACCCAGAGUUCAAAAACGGGCGAGCAGAAUCAUUCUGGGCCAGCGGUAUAUAG